AAAAGCACAAUCAAGUCAUGUCUAGAGAAGAUCCACUCAAAGCUGAAAAAGACCUCUCGUCUAUAUUAGAUGAACAGUUCCCCGAAAUAGACAAGCUAGACUACAAGUCGGCAAUCGACAGGUACUUGAUAUUGGAGAAACAAACUAGACAAUCGUCCGACUUAGCAUCCAGCAAGAGGGUUUUAUCAGCAAUUGUUAAUAAAUUGAUUGACAAUAAUGACUGGGACUAUUUGAACGAGUUGACUCCCAUUUUGUCUAAGAAGCAUGGUCAAUUGAAGUCCAGUAUCCAAUCUUUUAUCGCCCAGAUUAUCGAAAACUUGGACAAGUUAGAUGAAUCUAAACAACUGGAGUUGGAUACCAAAAUCAAAGUGAUCGAGACCAUCCGGACUGUGGGUGAUAAGAAAAUCUAUAUUGAGGUGGAAAGGGCCAUUGUUUCCAAGCAAUUAAGUGACAUCUAUUUGAACAGACUCAACGACUUAGACAAAGCGGUUGAAAUCUUAUGUGACUUACAAGUCGAGACAUAUUCUUUGAUGUCUUUCCAAACUAAAAUUGAGUACAUUUUGCAACAGAUGAAGUUGGUGUUGACGAAGAAGGACUUUUCUCAAGCCAAGAUCUUGUCAAGAAAGAUUUUGUUGAAGACUUUGAAAGGAUUUGACAAAGCUGAAGAAUACAAGGUGGUUUACUUAAACUACUUGAUUGAAAUCAACGAAAACGACCACGACUAUGUUUCGAUUGUUCAAAACUCCUUGAAGUUGAUCGAAUCAGAGGUGGUUCAGAAUCUGGAGGAAUUCAAAAACAUCUUGGUGUCUGUCAUCUACUACAUCAUCUUAUCCCCAUUUGACAACUUGCAACUGGAUUUGAUCUCCAAGAUCAAGGUUAACUCAACGUUCAGCAAGAACGUGGACGCCAAAACCUUCAAAUUAUUGGAAAUUUUCACUACUGAAGAGUUGAUUCACUGGUCCAACAUCGAAACCCUUUACAGCAAUGAGUUCAAGUCGUCCAAGAUCUUCCAGAACCCUACAAAUUAUAAGAACCUCCAAAAACGAAUCAUUGAGCACAACUUAAGAAUAAUCAACAACUACUACAACUUCAUCAAGAUUGACAGAUUAUCUUACUUAUUGCAAUUGUCCAACGAUGAGGCCGAGAAGUACGUGAGUGACUUGGUCAACGCUGGCAUGAUCAGUGCCAAAAUUAACAGACCCAAGGGAAUGAUCAAGUUUGACAAGGUGGGAAAGACCACCGAUUCUGUCAACACCUUAUUGAACGACUGGUGCUAUGAUGUGGAAAAGUUGUUGGAUGAGAUUGACCAGAUUGGGCAUUUGAUCAAUAAAGAGGAAAUGAUGCACGGAAUUAAACAGAAGAGUUAGUUUACAAGAAAUAAACAAUAACACGUU